GAGCAAAAGGCCAACGUCCAACAAAUCUCAAUCCCUGACAUUGAACCCCAUAUUGAGUCCCCUGCCAGCUAUAUCGUCUCUGUUUAUUAUUUCAAUCAUCCUGCAAUUCAAAAAAAUGCGCGGUCUAAUCUCCCUCCGCCCACUUCUCCGCGCCCCGACAUCCUUCUCGACACGCAACUUCAGCUCUACCCGCGCCAAUUCCCUCGCACGCAUUAGCAUUGUCGGUAACCUCGGAAACCCGCCAGAAAUUCGUGCCACCUCAUCCGGCCGCGAGCUCGUGAACUAUUCGGUAGCAACCAGCUACGGACCCAAGGAAGAUCGCCAGACAAGCUGGUGGCGCAUCACAAGCUUCGUGCCUGAGGGCGCCAGCAGAGAUCACUUACUAGGCCUGCCAAAAGGCACCCUCAUGUACGUAGAAGGCGAUGCAAGUAUGCGCUCCUAUGAGGACGCGGAUGGGAAGAAAAAUUCCGCUCUCGGUAUCACCCAACGGUACUACGAAGUCCUUAGGCGCGGAAACAGUGAAAGCAGCGAGUAAGGGAGAAGAAAGCUAUGAUAGAGUAGCUUCGCAUGCCUGUAGACGAGCGACACUCUUAUUUGACUACGUGCAAUAUCUCUUCUGGGCGCACAAGGAUGGGAACUGAGAAAGCCCACAUGUGGGCUUGGCUAUUACCAGUAUGUAAGGGUAUGAAUUAUGUACGUGUACUCUAAUUGGGCGGCUAUAUAUGUGAUUAAACCAGCUUCCGAAUGUUUCUUUUUUGUCUGAUACUCUCCCCCAUCUGUUGUCUUGUAUGUUAUUUCUGCACGGGUGAACAUAAAGGGUAUUUAGCGGAAUGACAUCUAGCUGAGUUAGUGACACCCUCACCUAGGACCAGUAUAUCUCUUGCCUGUUUUACUCAAUCUUCAUGUUUGUAUGAGUGGGUUUUGGAUAACCUUUUUCGUCUUCCAUUGGCCAAGUCUAUAUUAAUUAUAGGUCAAAGCCACUGUAGUCCGAUUUUCACAUAUUUACAUUUUAUGUUUGUUGC